CUCCAGCUCUGCAGGAGAGGCGGGCAGGGAGGGACGGAGGGAGCUGCACCUUGCUGCUCUCUCCUCCCUUUGAGCUUCCUAGUGCUCUGCCUGUGUGGAGGCCUGAGGCAUGGGGACCAGGGGAUGGACGCUCUCCACCUUCCUGGGAUGCUGCACAUGGAUUCUGCACGGGCUGGGGGCUGUUGCUGCUGUCCCUGUCACUACCGAUGGGUCCUUUACUGUGGGGACAGCUUUCCCCAUGACAACAGAGGACAAGUGGCCCCACACUACCCUCACAACAGAGAUGAGCUCCACAGCAGCUGAUGCUGAGACCUUCCCUCCCGGGACUGAGACGGAUCCAGUGACGGUGACAAGCGAACACAGCUCCUCGGUUCCAGCUUCGGUGAAUGGGACCCAGGCUCCUAACACCACUCAGAGUACUGAGGGAAAUUCAGCUGCUCCCAAUAUGGCCACAACUGCUGCUGCCAUCACCGCACAGCACCCUGCUGUCACCCCAGAAGCAGUGCAUGAUGAGCUUGAUGUCCCUCUGGGGACCACCCCUGUCAUUGAGGAUGUCAAGGACAUCCCUGCAAACAGAGGAGACACAGACCUCAAUACUGGCACUACAUCCCUCCCCACCACCUCUCCACUGGCAGUCACCUGGGUGCCAGAGCCAACUGCUGGUGUCACUGUGCUGCUGAGCCAAGGGCUCACCACAGCCCAGGAAGCAGUCGAGGAAGGAGUAAUCCUGCCUGAAGCUAUUCAAGGUGAAGCCAGUGCCAACCCCUCAGGCUCCAGUCCUGAUGCCAGGGAGCUGCUUCCAGCCCAGCAGGAUGGAGCAGUGGGCAGGGUUGAGGGCAUUAACCCAGAGCCAGCAGGAGAAAUGGCCCCAGCUGGUGAGGAAAGUCCUUUGGCUUCAGAAUCUGGAGAUGCAGGAGAUGCAAUAAAUGGUGAAUUCAGCACAGCCAGCCCAUCCAACGUUCCUCCAGAGAGCCCAGCGAUGUCAGGAACAGUAGAAAACCCUGAGAAGUCCUCCCUCCUCCCUGGCCAGGCACUGAGCCCAGACAUUUCACUGACACCAUCCAACGGUGGGGAUGGGCAGGGAGUUCCUGGGGUGUCAUCAGGGCCUUCUGGUUCAGCCUUGUCACCUGCAGCCAGCAGGGCACCAGUGGCACCUGAGGAAACAGAGGACACUGCCACCUCACUGCUGGCCCCAGGGGUUCCCACUGAAGCAGAGACUGACACAGUCUCAGCCACUGCACUGCCCUCAGGUGACAUUGGAGCUGUGGAUCUGGCCAGUCCAUCUCUCCAGCCUGCCCCAUGGCAGACCCACACUGGAGAACAGCCACCGCUGCUUUCUGAUGCUCUGACAUCCUCCACAGACACCCCCAGUGCUCCUGGGGCUGCUUAUCCAGCCCCAGAGGCUGGAGCCAGAGCCCUGCCUGACACUGAUGGUGCAGCAGAGACACCAGCAAGUCCUGACCUCGCUACUGGCCCAGAAGCAGCCGUGUCUCCGUCUCUUGGGGAGUCACAGUCUGCUGGGAUGCUGGCUGGAGCUCCCCAGGAGGCCGAUGGACUUGGCACUGGCUUGAGCUCAGAUUCAGAUGCCCCCAGCCCAGAGCCUUUUGUACCUGAUGGACUGGCGUGGCCCACUGCUGGGAGCCAGGGUCAGGAAGAUCAGGGGGUAGGGGGUACGGCACAGGCAGGAGGUCCAGGGGAUGCCAGUCCCUAUGAAGAUAUCCAGAGUGACAUGAGUGCUCCAGCCCUUCAGCCCUCAGUAUCCCCUGCUGAUAAUGGAGAGCUGCUGACUGCAGGGACAGAAGACUUGGCAAAUGCUGAACUUUCCCCCCCACCAGCACUUGGAGAUGGAACAGAAGGAGCCCCAGCACUGGGACAAGGGUCUUCACCUGGCUCUGCACCUCCCAGCAAUGCUGGAAUGAAGCCUGAUCUCUCAGGAGUUGAAGGAACAGGGGACCUGCCUGGUGAAUCUGCCAGUGCUCCUGAGGCUGUUUUCCCACCCCUGGGGUCUGUGGCUGGCCCAGUGUCUGAGGCAGAGACACCAGUGAGCCCUGACCUCAGUGGUGCCCAGGGAGCACCUGGGUCUCCAUCCUUUGGUGGGUCUCAGCCAUGGGGAACAGCAGCUGGUGCUCCCGUGGGAUCCGGCCUCCCUGGAGGCCAGCAGCAGAAGAGCAUGGAGCCAGCACAGCAGAGCCAGCAGUGGAAGGAGCAGGCAGUGGGAUUGAGUCUGAGCCAUCCCUGAGCUCCACUGCAGGGAAUGGAAUAGCAGCUGGGAUGGAUCAACUGCCCAGUGCUGGUUUCCCAUCUGGUAUUGCCUCUCCCAGUGAUGUGGUGGCACCUUCUGUGUCAAGGGGUGAUGAGGCAGGACCCAUGUCAUCUGCAGCUCCUGGCCCUGACAGUCUGUCCCCAGCCUCUCCAGAUGGUGAAACUGUGCCAGGGCGUGGUCUGGUGCAGGGGGCAGAGGGUGCAGGGGAUGUGGCUCAGGCAGGAAACGCAGAGAGUGAAAAUCCCAACAUGGAGACAAGUUCUUCACCUGUCAGCCCUCAGCAGGGUGAACUGCCUGGUGCAGGUUCCUCAUCUGGUUCAGCCUCUCCCAGUGGUGAUGUUGCAUCCUCCUCUAAUUCAAAUCCAUCCAGCCUGGAUGCACUUGAAGGAGCAGAGAGUGCUGCUGAAGGUCUUCAGCCCUCCCUGGGUGCUGGCACUGGGGUCCUUCCAGCUGCAGGAGAAGGGGCAAGUGAAAGAGCUGGUGAUGGAGGGUCCAUGGGCCAGUCCCAGGCUCCUACUGGAAUGGGACCAGCUGGUUCAGAAACCCUUGGUGGGGAAACAGGAGGUGUGUUGCAGUCUGCAUCUUCUUCCUUGUCUACAGAGGGGUCUUCAUUACCUGGAUGGGCAGGUGAGGCUGCUGAUGAAACCAGCCUUCCUGGAGCUGCUGCAGCCGGUGGUGGCUUGAACACAGGCAUGGAGACUGCUGGCCCUCAAGAAGCCUCUCUGUCUGCCCCUGGCACUCAAAGUGGUGCCAAUACUGAACUUUCUGAUGGAAAACUGAGCAAAGUCAAUGUGGUGGAGGUGCCUGGAGGAGCUUCAGUGAAUGGGGGACCUUCCCCUGGUGCCAGCCCGGCCCCAGCGGCUCCAGACAACAGCGGUGUUCCCAAUGGCAUGACCACCUCAGUGGCUGCUUCUCUGCUUCUCCCUGGCCAUGGGCUGAGCUCAGGGCUGGCACCCAGUGGGGACCCUGGAUCUGCACCAAGCACCCAGAGUGGGAGCAGCCCCCAGCUGCCAGGCUCACCAGGUGGGCUGUCAGAAGAAGCUGGGGGUGCUCAGUUGUGGUCUCCUGAAGAUGAGGUGGCCUCAGGCAUGCCGGCACCUUUGGGAGAAGCGUCCCCUCAUGCUCCCAUAUCCCCCAGUGCUGUCCCGGUGCUGCCUUCUGCUCCACAGAGAGGAAAUUCUGCAGAGGGGGUGGCUGCCAGCCCUGGGCUUUCAGCACUUCCAGCUGUGCCCCUCUAUGGGUAUGGAGCAAGGGAAAAUGAUCAGGAGUACGUGGAAAGGAGAGUGGAUUUUAAUUCUCCACUUUUCAAACCUGAGACUGGAUUCCCAUUUGGGAAAACCCUGCGCAGCUCUCUCUAUUUUACAGACAAUGGACAGAUCAUUUUCCCCGCCUCAGACAACAAUGUCUUCACGUACCCCAACCCUCCUCCCAGUGGCUUCAAUGGCCAUGAAGAGGUCCCCAUGAUCGCUGUAUUUUGGGACAACGCUGACUUCUCCAGAGGUGUUGGCACCACCUUUUACCAAGAGUUCUCCACCCUCAACACGGCCAAGCCGCCGUUUGUCCGUGAUGUGGAAGCGAAGGUCCGGCGGUACCUGAGGUCCUCCUACUCUGCAGCCUGGACCCUGAAGAUCACCUGGGAGAAGGCACCUGUCUACGCAGCAUGGACUGACACCCGCAAGACAGUCACAUACCAGGCUGUCCUGACCACUGAUGGCUUCAGGUCCUACAUCCUGAUGCUGUACCAGGAUGGAGGCAUGCAGUGGGAUUACACCAGGCUCACUUCCACUGACGUGCUCAUCGGCUACACCAGUGGGGAUGGCUUUUACUACAACGAUGACCUGACUAAGAGACCUCCAGCUGCUAAAUAUCGCCCUGACCAGUUCAGGGGCUACAACACAGACCUCCGUGGGCUGUGGAUCUACAAGCUGGAGAGCCGUGUGGGCAACAACUACCGGCUGAAGUGCCUGGCGUGGACAGGGCAGCAGCAGGAACCCAGGGCAUGGAGCCAGGGCCUGCCCACCUGCCCCUGCUCCCUGCAGCAAGGGCAGCAGGACCCACGCUUCAAGAACAGCCGUGGAGGCAGGUGGGGUGCCCGUGUCUCCAUGCUGCACUCAGCCUCCCCCAACCAGCACGGUGCCGGCGUUCGCUGCCUGUAUGACAGCCAGGACCAGCUCAUCGAGGGGCGGCAGGAGAGGUACUGGAGGUCCUCCAGGCAGGCAUCACCGUACCGUGACCAGGAGCUGAAGCUGUACGACUGGUGCUGUAAUCGGGCGGGCAGUGCCCACCUCUGCGCCCGCUACAGUGAGAAGAGGCCGAAGAUUGGCUGUGAUGGAUACCAGUCACCCAGCAUGGAUUCCUCGGAGGAGGCAGAGAAUGACUCAGAUGAGCAGAUAGAUGGAGAGGACAAGUAACUGUGAGGUUGCACACCUGCAGCAUGUUCUGGGCCAUGGCUGAUCCUCCAAGUGCUUUGAUCUGCUCUUCCCCAGUGUUCCCCCACAGAACCCAUCACCCCUGCCCACCAGGCAGGGCAGCUCACUUGGCCAGUGCCUGCAGUUGCCUGCCCUGGCACAAGCUCACAUUUCUAACCCAGACUUCUCCCAAGGAUUCAGUUGCUUUAGUUGCCCUUUCCCAGCUGCAGCUGGGGGGCAGAACUGGAGGGGAGGUGGGCAGGUACCUGCCACUGCACACACCACCCUUGUUC